CGACAGCACUAACAUUGUCCGAUGUUCCCUUCCGAAGCGCAAUGGAGCAAAGUGUCUUAGCAGCAUCAUGGGCAGACAUUUUGUUUACGGUUCUCAUCUUGUGGAGAUCGAUUGCAACCUCAUUCGAAUCCAUGACACUCCACAGACCAUCCGUUGCACUGAUCAAAAUUUCACCCUCUUGGACCGCCAGUGUCGAAACGUCUGGAUCGCUGACAAUGCCCUUAGAAGUAGCGAAGACGCCUUCGAGACUCCGGCCCACAGCAUAUUCAUAAUCUCCAACUCGGAGUGACCAACGAGACAAUCGACAUUUUGGCAUAGAAUAAUUUAGUCCGUCGCGUAUACCCUGAGCCAACCGAGCCUCUUCGGAUUGUGGUGUGUGGUCAAGCGUAGCAAACUUGACUUUUCCCUUCCCACUGACAACAAGGCUUCUCGAAUCUCCGCAAUUCAACAAGGUCAAUUCGCUGGAUGUUUCGUCUAGAGCUAGCAUAGAGCAAGUUGUACCAGCUUCGAGAUAUUCGCUCCCCGUCUCGGCUUUCAGAAUUCCUUCCACAGGAUCGUAAUCAGCUAUACACUCUCCCUCCUCUGUACACUUUUGUUUGUAUCUUUCGCAGACGACAUUCCACGAAUUUUCCAACGCGUCACCGACCGAUUGCAACCGACCUUUGAUUACAAGUUCUUCUGAAAACAGCCCCGGGAGGUCUUCGGAUACAAUUUGAGAUGCGGCGCAACCGCCAUGGCCAUCCAUAACACCGGCUACCAAUACAGAUCGGUCUUUUGCGUCGUGGAUCUCAUGCAAGACAAAGGUGUCCUCUUGUGUCGUCCGCCUCCCUUUCGAAGACCAAGCUCCUCGGUCAACUACUUCGAUCUCCACCUCGUCGGUUGGUUUCAUGGAAAUCGCCUCGUUAAUCCUUACCGACUUGCGAUCAAAAUGCAGACGGACAUUUUUGGUUGCUCUGGGUUGAUCCUGUAGCAUCCCGACUGCCCUUUCGAACCCUCCAUCUACGAAGGGAAGCUCUCCGAUACCAGACAGUCGAUCACCUAUCUCAAAAAUACCAAGUUCAUCUGCCUGGCUGUCAGGCACGAUACCCUUAACAAAGACUUCGCCGGGAAAAGCGUCUUUGGUAGCCUCAUUCCACAUGGGGAGGAAUUCGUCAUCUUCGUCCUCGUCCUCGGUGUCUUUUUCCGACAAAAUCAAUCCAAGAGGGGUGGAACGAGAAAAGGUUGCGACAAAAUGGAGCGGUCGACUGAUAGAAGGAAUUUCACACGUUUCAAGUGCUUCAACGACCAUACCGAAAUAUGAGUGGUCAAUAUCUAUGUCUUCUUCAUCCUCUAGCUUGAAUGACUUUAUUUCUCGCCAUCUCGCUAGCGCCUUCCGGGCACUCAGACGAUCUCGCGGUUCCUUUGCGAGCAAAUCUGUCAAUAAAUUCCAGAGACCCGGUCGUUCCGUCAAAUAGUUCAGAGCUUGGUCGAGCCCCACCGGACGAAGCUUCGUGGCCAGUUCGUUAUUUAACCACACGUUUAGAUCACAAUUAGCCUCUUCGACGAGCUGUUGCCGAAAGCCCGCAUCGACCCGUUCCUCUAGGUAUCCAAACAUCAGCUGGCAAAAAAUGAGACCCGCCGAGAAAACAUCGAAGGACUCAGGUGCCUCGUACAAAUCAAUAAAGAUUUCGGGAGCGGCAUACACCGGCGACACAGCGACACGGUUCCCAUUUUCGAGACCGACGCGUUGCUUGUUCCAUGCGCUCCCACUUGGUUCUAGGUCCGCGGCGCUACCAAAAUCCAUCAACAACAUGUUGCGAUCGUGAACCAACAAAUUGGCGGGCUUCACAUCUCUGUGGACUAUUUUGUGCUUGUGUACGUGCUCUAAAACGGUCAGUAAUGAUGGUAUAAUCACAUCUAGUGUUUCUUCAUAUGAUGCUGUGUCCAGAGCGUCGGUAAGAUGUCGCAGUUCGUGUUUUGCGAGCGCAGACUCCUUGACGUCAAGGCGCAUUAGGUCUUGCAACGAAGGUGCCGGUGCGGGAGUUUCUCCAUCCAUCGUUCCAACAAAUCCAAAGACCAUCCAAUUAUGGUCAACCUUUUCUUUUGGCAUGCCGUCGCCAUUUGGAGUUACUCUAAUGUUCUGAUUCGUCGUCCCUAAAAAAGGUGGCAAUUGUGGAUGCGGCGGCAAUUUGUCAAAGACGUGUUCUUCAACUUUCCAGUAGUACAUACAUCGCUCGGCGCGUUCCUUCGCGUCUUUAUCCAGCGAUUUCCCCUUUUCUUUUCUCUUUUCGGUCAGCUUUUGCAACAUCUCCUCGUAGCUCCAGGGGCGUUUUCCAACAUAAACUGCAGGUCCAUCGCGCGAUUUUGAUUCGAGCAAAUGAACAGUUCCAUAGGACCCGCUACCAAUGUUUCUAUCCUCAAUGAGGACAGCCCCUGCUUCCAGUGUUUCCGCUGGAGUCGUUCCUCUUGUCGAAUCGUGCACCUCUUGACCUGUGGAAAAGACUGUCCAUCGAUCCCAUUUUCUUGUCGUCGGCACCACGAACGAUGCAACUCCAUGCAGGUACACCAUGUGCACAGCCAUCAUCAAAAGAAGGAUCGAGGGCUUGCUCAUUGUUGACUCUAACUGCUGUUCCCUUCUUCUCGUCGCUAACCUUUCUUCAAUACCA